ACCCAGGCUCGCUACAUAGUAGGCUCGCUAGGCUCGCUAGGUACUGUACAUAUGUAGCUACGUACCUGGUUAGCGUGCACAGGUACUUAGCCCUGCUGUUGCCUCCACCUCCUCGGGUAGGCGAGGGUCAAGCUGGUUCAUCAGGCAUGUGUGCACUUUAGCUUCUGACUUCAUUCAGACCAAUUCAUAUCCGCUACACCAACUCUUACCUACCUUAUAAACGAGUGAAUCUCAAGCUACAGCUAUUCCUAACCAUACCGUCUCUAUAUUAGCGCUCCGGUCCAGCAGCGCCUACGAAAGACUGCGGCGCAGAGGCUGCCUAACCUUUUGAUCACGAGCCGAGACACUUCAACUCAAAGAUGACUGCGCUACCACACGCCGUCGAUGCGGAAACUCCGCUGAGGGAAGAGGAGCUACAAGUUCUUCGAGCACAAUACGAGAAAGAAGGUGAUAUGGUGGGCGUACAGACCAAGUUCAACUAUGCAUGGGGUCUUGUAAAAUCAAAUUCUAGAAACAACCAGCAGACGGGGGUACGCCUACUAUCCGAAAUAUUUCGAGUAGCGCCAGAGCGUCGUCGCGAAUGCCUCUACUACCUUGCUUUAGGCAAUUACAAGCUGGGCAACUACGGCGAGGCGAGACGUUACAACGAUCUACUCCUCGAGAAAGAGCCGGCGAAUUUGCAGGCCUCGGACUUGCGUCGGCUGAUUGACGACAAGGUUACGAAAGAAGGGCUGAUGGGUGUAGCGAUCAUAAGUGGCGUGGCCAUUGCCGCGGGUGUAGUUGGUGGCAUUCUUUUCCGGGGCAAGAGACGGUGAUUUGGAAAACGACAGCAGAACGAGGCUUGUAUAGUCGAGCGUGGGUGGUUGCAUUUGGCUUGGGCGUUCAAACGGUUGGUAUAUUUAGUGACGUUCUCCCCUUAUCGCAUCUAUAUACAUAAUAUCCUAUGCUCCCUUGGUACCUGUGC